UAUAGCUUCCCUCUCUCCUUCAACUCAACUCCACAAUUGCAACCUAAAGAAAGCAAGAGCCCAAUUCCCAAUCGCCCUCAUUUUUGCAUUUUCGUGUUUUAUACGAAGUAAAGGCUGUAAACUCGAUUAAUUGUUCGUAUUGAAUCUCAAGUUCAAAAAAGAGUUGUGGCCAUGGCUUCUUCAUGUCCUAAUCCACAUGCAAAGUUUUCAUUCGAGAGUCGACCAAAGUUGCUUAAAGAUUUCCUCCAAGACGAUAUUAGUUUUCAAUCACAAUCUCAAAAAGCAUAUAAAUCCACAAGUCAAAGAUUUUUUAACAAAAAUUCAUCUCAACUACAUAGAAGUCGAUCAUCUAGAGCUGCUUCAGCUACUAUAUCCGCCAUUCACAAGGUCAUUAACAUUGUUAAGUUCUUGCCAUUUGCCUAUGUUAAAUCCCCGUCCAUUUUACCUAGAAGCAUUUCGAGAAAACUGUCAAGAAGAAAUCACAAAGAGACUGAAAACUAUAUUAUGAACCAUGAGGUCUCAGUUACAGUUAAAGUCAAAGUCAAAGAUAUCUUACGGUGGAAAUCAUCUAAGGACCUAGUGGAGGAGAAAUCUACACCGUUAGAUUAUGCUUAUUCACCCUUUAGGUGUGACGGUGAUUUUACUGCUGAGAAUUUAUCUUCUUGGUGUGGUGAAAGUGAUGAAUGCUAUGAUAAAAAGAAUUUACUUGAAGAAGGUGUCGGUCGUUACUGCGCCAGAGAGACAAGAGGAAUCAAAUUGGACCCCGAGGAACACUAUGAGAACGAGCAGCACAGUCCAGUCUCAGUUCUUGAAUCUCCAUUUCGUGAAGAUCAGGACGAAUACGUUUCUUACCAUAGGACCCUCGUUGAUAUUGAUAGUAAGUUUCGAUCUCCAAGUACACUCAACGAUUUAGCUUCUAUACAAGGACAGCUGGACAAAGUAUUUAACUUAUUUGUAGUAGGAAGAAAGUGCAUGCUCCGGGAAAGAAUUCAAGCGUUUGAGAGUCUAGAAGAAGGAAACACUAGCUAUAACGAGGAGGAUGAAGAAGAACAAGAACAAGAAAUGCAUGAGAUUGAAGAAAAGGCAAAGAAAUUAUUAUGCUAUUUCAAAGAAACUGAAAACUUGUGGACGGAAGAUUGUGAGACAAAUGUGGAUGAUGAGCUUUUGUUGGAUUUCUUUUGGCAUGAACUGAUUCAAAACAAUGUUGAUGAAAGUGAAAUGUUAAUGAGAGAAGCUAAAUGUUUGAACAAUGGAGAGUACAAUGAUGAAUUUGAGUGGGAGAUAGAGGACAAAAGGGAGGUCUAUAUAAGGGAUAUGCAAAGACUAGGGAGAUGGAAUUACAAGUUUGAAGAGGAGAAAGAAGAGUUGGCAUUAGACUUGGAGUUUGAGGUUCUUAAUGAUUUGGUCCACGAGGUCUUGGCAGAUUUUUUUUGCUCUUAAUCGGUAGUAGAAGUGACCAAAAGUACUCGCUUGCUAUCUUGUUCUCUAUCAUCAUGAACUGGGACUGCGAGCUGUAAAGGUAGAAAAAAAGCAAAUUAAGAGAUAGUGAUUCCAUUUUUUCCUUAAAACGACAUAGAAUUUGAGCACAAUCAAUCCGAUCAUUGUGGUUUCUCUUUUACAUGUAUGCAUAUCGACAUGUAUAGAACGUGCUGUAGGACUAAAGUGUAGCUCAAUUAGGAGAGGCUGAACUACAACUGUGUUUGUUCUCCACCUAGUAUUUUUAAGUUGUGGGUGCUCAACUGCCUUAAAUCUCGAAGCGGUUUGAGAUUGGCUGCGCCGCCAAUGUUUUUGUAUGUUAUUAUUGUCACACCUCCUUUUUACCACCCGAGGGGAUAUAACGGAGUUUUUCCAA